UGAUUGGUUGAUAAAUAUAGUAAAUUUUGGGAAAUAAAUAUGGCUGGCGAUGAAAAGCUACUGUGAUGAGAACAAAACAAUAUGCUGAUUCAGUAGUUUUAUUGACAUAUCUACUAUUUAGUAAAUCAGUUGAUGUGUAAUUUUGAGGAAUUUUAUCCAGAUCUGCAUAGUGUUUCAUUUGAGUUCAAAGCAGCAUAUAAAAAAGAUAAGUUAUAAUUAAGGUUUAAUUUAAGAUAUGGCACACCCAAGACCAAUAAAAUGUGUGGUGGUUGGUGAUGGUACUGUAGGGAAAACCUGUAUGUUAAUAUCCUACACAACAGAUAGCUUCCCUGGAGAGUAUGUUCCUACUGUAUUUGAUAAUUACACAGCCAACAUGGUAGUGGAUUGUUACUCUGUCAAUUUAGGACUAUGGGAUACGGCAGGACAAGAAGACUAUGAUAGGUUACGUCCCUUGUCUUAUCCUCAGACGGAUGUAUUUUUAAUAUGCUUUAGUGUUGUGAGUCCCUCCUCUUUUGAAAAUGUAACAACAAAAUGGAACCCAGAAGUAAAACACCACUGUCCUGAUGCUCCUGUUAUAUUAGUUGGAACAAAGAUAGAUCUGAGAGAAAAUAAAGAGGCUAUAGGUCAGCUGACAGCCCAAGGCUUAUCACCAAUUAAAAGAGAACAGGGAAUUAAAUUAGCCAAUAAAAUUAGAGCUGUUAAAUACAUGGAAUGUUCUGCUUUAACACAGAGAGGUUUAAAACAGGUUUUUGAUGAAGCUUGUCGAGCAGUUCUACAGCCUCAGCCAGUUAGACAAAAAAAUCGACAGUGUUUACUACUGUGAUUCUAUCAUCAAUCAAACAAUAUACAGAUCAUGUUAUCAUUUAUUAGCAAACUUUAUUUAAUUAGCCUUUUCUUUGCCAGGAUUUUGUAAUCUCAAGCUUUAUCAUUUCAAAGGUUUUUAGGAACAUUAUAUUUGCCUUAAUAUGAGGUUUUGUCAGCUUUGCUAGAUUAAGAUUUUAGAGCAAUAAAAAUGAAGAAUUGUUCAUUCAAGGAAAUGUUUUCAAAUUGUAGUUUAUUUUUAUUUUUGUUAUUUCACAGACUUUGUGAAUAGUCUACAAAAUGGGAAAGUGAUAAGUUUUGA